GACUGGUAUAUGAGCGUUCGUUUAAGUUCCUAAACGAAAUUUUGCACCAUGAAGUUCGCUGGAUUACUAGCUAUCGCUGCAGGAAUGAUCUUUACCAAUUUACUGGGUACCAUUGGUAAUGCUGAAGCUGAGUGUACUGGUCAAUGGACUCAGUGGUUUGAUUACGAUAACGCUGAUGGUUUGGGCGAUUACGAAAAAACAUCCAUAUUUGUAAAACACCUUGGGAAUUAUAUGUGUUCUAAUCCUACUAUCGUCGAAGCGCGGACCAUAGAUGGCGUUGCAGCAGAAGAUACUGGUGAAAUAUUCUCGGAAUAUUCGCCUGAAGUAGGAUUUGUUUGCCUAAUUGCAGAUCAACCAGAUAACGAAUGUCUUGAUUAUGAAGCAAGAUUCUGUUGUCCAGACGGUGGGUUGACACAAUUGUAAGACGUAGAACAUAGUAAGACGUUCUAUAAUCGCUACAAUAACAAUUUAAAUGCAUCAUAUCCUAUAAUUAUUACACUUCCUGUAUAAUCACCGUUUCUUACAUUUUAAACGCAAUAUAUCGAUUCAUGUAUGCACUAAUCUAAACUGUAUUUUUCAUCAAUAAAGCAUGCAACAAAAAAAGUAAAAUAAUGCGAUAUAA